AUGUUCAGCACCAUCCUCCGUGGUCACAUCAUGACCCACUUCUUCGUUUGCAUCGCCUUCACCAUCAUUUUCGUACUUUUCUACUUUAUCAACGUGAACGACUUGCAUAUCCAACAGUUUGCCACUUUCGAGGACAGGUAAGUAUCGUCCUUCUUCUGACAAAAGACACGUGGUCUUCCUUUUCAGUGUGUUCAAAGAUCAACUCAACUCCACAUUCCCUAUCACUUUCUAUCACACUGCAAACGUUGACUACAGGUAUAACAGCACCGACCGCACCCUUUUCCUCAUCCCCCUUCUCCAGAUUCUCGCCUCCUCGUCUGCGUCUUUUCUCGCUCAAUGCCUGCAUUCAAGAUACCAGCUUCGUUCUCGUCGACGUUUUCUACGAAGGCAUCGUUGCUCCGACCCGACUGAAACUCUUCGGAUCCUCCCUCGAAGGCAACUGUCCGUCGACAUACGGUCCUGCCAAACCAUGCUUCUAUGUGGCACACACCUUCUUUGGAGACAUUCUCGCCACCGGAGGAAUUCAGAAGGUACGCUUUUAAUUCUGUACUUAAACUGAAAAUGUGCACAUUUUCAGGUUGUGGUUAUCAUGGGAAGCCGGCGAAUCGAGUUAUCAGUGAAAGAGAUCGAUAAGCGACUGGAGAGCGGGCUGACAAUGUGUCUGCAGCCGGUCUACUACUACUCUCAAUGGCAGAAUAUUGUGUUGUACGUGGAAGCGUGGAGAGCCCAAGGAGCGUCCCGAUUCAUUGUAUUCUAUCAUUCGGCCACAAAGGAAACGAGGAGAGUUCUAGAAUAUUAUCAGAACUUGGUAGCUCAUUUUGUUUAGCGCACCGAACAAUAGACGAGUUCAGGGACUCAUUGAGCUCCGUUCGUGGCCUAGUUUCGGAAGUUUGCCCGCAGAAAUUGCUGGAAAGUAUCCGAAGAUUGAUGACAGCACCUUCAUCUUUUCCUACUUUUUGGCAAUGAACAUUUGCAUUCUUGACAUCAAAACAACCAUCGGAACGAUUGCGGACUUCGAUGAAGUCAUGGUUCCGCGCAACGGAACUCUUCUGGAGUACGCAUUGAAAGAAAUGACUGGUACGAAGUACGGAGCUCUGAGAUUCGGAAACAACUACGUCGCAAUGGAGCCCAGCAUCUACAGCUCCGACUUUUCCGGAGUGGCCAACCCCGUUUUCAUUGACAGGGGAGGCCCGCCAAAAGUGAGUUCCCAUCCGCAGACACCCCAGAUCAACAAAGUGAUUGAGAAUGUAUUCAACGCCUCUGUCAUCGAUAUCGCGCAGGUUCACUGGAUAAAAAGUUUUAUCGAGCCGAAAGAUACUAAAAACGUAAAUCCCAUUUGCACUCCACUCCAUCAAUUAGCUCGUUAUUGUUUUUUUGGUUGCAGGCCGAUGGCGCUCUACUCCAUUUGCGUUACGAUGUGGGAAACAGCAAACGGGCGAGCGAUCGGCCGUGGCGGUUCUUCCCAAAUAACACGGAAAUGCACAUUCAGAACAUGCAGGAUACGGUAGUGAAGAGUUGGAAAGUUGUUUUGAAGUUGAACAGGAGUUUCAGGCAAACAAAAUAUUCAAUGGGUCAAUACCAACGUUCUCUUCUGAUCUCAUUAAUGGUCUCACAAGUUGCGUAAACAGCAAGUACGUUUGAUAAGAUGUAGUCGAAAUGAAUGUGAUAAUGAUGAUGUUACAUCACUGUGCUACUUCCGUACUUGCAGCAAAAAAAGGAACACAUGCAGGAGUACGGGUGGAAUGUGCAAAGCCAAAAUGGACGAGUUGUACGAAUGGGUCUACGACAAAACGGAAGGCAUCUUCUUGUCAUAA